AUGUCUUCAACGAUACCAGAAGAAGGCUCCGAGACCCCAGAGCCCUUGCAUUCCCACCAGCUAUCUAUGGUCGAAACCAAUGAGAGUCUCCGCGACCGGGGCAUCACAGCCACCCCUCCACGACUGGAUUACAACUAUCCUGCCAUUGGACAUGACUCAGACCCUGUGUUCCCCGAAGAGUACACUGUUGAAACAAGUACUGGUCUUGUUCCCGAAAAGACCUUGGAGCAGAUCCGAUCUCGUCCUUCUACCUCAUCCACAAAAGCUGGCACACCCCCUGACACCGACGUGGAAAAAGGAGGAAAUGGACCCGUGGAUUUUGUCACAUUCACUAUUGGUGAUCCUGCGCACCCUUACAAUUGGUCCCGCGUUUAUCGCUGGUAUAUCACUCUUGUCGCCUCGACACUCGUGGUAUGUGUUGCAUUCGGGUCCGCCAUUGUCACCGGAGGAUUGGGCUUGAUUGAAGACAAAUACAAUGUCUCUCUUGAAGUUGCCAUCCUGACAUGUUCAAUCAUGGUUUGCGGAUUUGCAGUUGGACCUCUGCUUUGGUCUCCCCUCUCCGAGAUCAUCGGCCGAAGGCCUGUAUACAUCAUCUCUCUCGCUUUAUAUGUCAUUUUCAACAUUCCAUGCGCUCUGGCUCCAAACAUCGGUGGCUUGCUCGUCUGCCGAUUCCUAUGCGGUGUCUUCUCCAGUUCAGGCCUUUCCCUGGCUGGUGGCACCAUCGCCGAUAUCUGGAACAUUGAGGAGCGCGGUAUGGCUAUUGCUUACUUUGCUGCCGCACCAUACUGUGGCCCCGUACUUGGCCCUAUCGUGACAGGUUGGAUCACCGUCGGAAGUGGCCGCCUCGACCUCUUCUUCUGGGUGAACUUGGCCUUCGCUGGUGCAAUCAUGAUUUUGAUUGGUCUCGUUCCGGAGACAUAUACUCCCGUGAUCCUUAAGCGCCGCGCCGCAAAGCUCCGCAAAGAGACUGGAAACCCAAACAUCAUGACUGAGCAAGAAAAGGUGAAGCUCAGUUUCAAAGAAAUCGCUCGCACGAGCUUGAUCCGGCCCAUCACUAUGAUCAUGACUGAGCCAGUUCUCGACCUGAUGUGCAUGUAUAUCGUCCUGAUUUACGCAAUGCUCUACGCCUUCUUCUUUGCAUACCCGGUGAUUUUCACCAAGCUUCAUGGCUACAACGACGGCCAGAUUGGUCUCAUGUUCAUCCCGAUUCUGAUUGGCGCCGGCUUUGCGCUAGUUGUCACCCCAGUCAUCGAGGGCAAAUUCAAGAAAAUUUGCAGCUUGCGAGCUCCAACACCAGAGGACCGACUCCACGCAGCCCUGCUGGGUGCUCCUUUUAUCCCGAUCGCCUUCUUCAUCUUGGGCGCUACAUCUUACAAGCAUAUCAUCUGGGUUGGUCCGGCCUCGUCAGGUAUUGCCUUUGGAUUUGGCAUGGUGCUGUGCUACUAUGCCGUGAAUAACUAUAUCAUCGACUCGUACCAGAAAUACGCUGCGUCGGCUUUGGCAGCCAAGGUCUUCCUGCGCUCUGGUGGUGGCGCAGCUUUCCCGCUCUUCACCACGCAAAUGUAUGAUCGUCUUGGAUUGCAGUGGGCUUCUUGGCUGCUUGCUUUCAUUGGACUCGCCAUGGUUCUGAUUCCAUACGUUUUCUACUUCUACGGAGGAAAACUGCGCGCAAAACUCACUCGGGAGUAG